AUGUCCACUUCUAUGGGUGCUCUGCCCACCAUGGUCGUUGCUGCCAUUGCAGUUGGCGGCAUCUUCGGUCUCUGUGGUCUCGUCGUCGUCAUCGCCGUCCUCUUGGAUUGGCCCAACCGAAAGCAGCGAAGACAGAACAAGGGAAUAAUGGAAGAGCUCAGAGAGGAGCGACAAGCAGGCAAUGUGGAUGUGGAAAAAGGCAAAGCGGACGUCACUGAGGCAGAAGUCUCAUCCACCAAACCGCCAACAUAUUACUCGAGCGUGCGAACAACAGGAACGACAUCAUUGCAAGGUCACUACGAACAUCCCGUCGUCGCCAACAAUCCUCCGCGUACACGCGACAUCACCCCGGUCCACCCGACACCAACGACCACUAUAUUCGUAAUGCAAAUCGGCACACGCAUCUCGAGGCAACGUGACAGUGAUACCUCGCUCCUACGAACGCCCUGGUCCAACCCUCACUGGUCUGUGGAUUCAGGGAGAGGGCGGCCCAACCCAUCUCGGAUCCAACAUUCACGUGAGAAAUCCUUCGUAUCGCAAGGCGACGCAGAGCUGAAUGAAUCAUCUCCAGUUGGUGGCUCAAUCAGAGAAGAACCUCAUGAGGGCUCGGGUCAUGGCACAUGA